UCUCUCAGUGCUUCUCCGAUUUACUCCUCCACAUCAGCUGACUUUAAAAAACCAUUUAAAGCUCUACACAUCAUGGAUCACAGAAUGAGAUGUGCAGACAUUAUCUGCUGUAUUAUUUUUGUGGCUGCCAUUGUCACCUAUAUUCUUAUUCGCUCCCUGGCGUGGCUGCUUGGAGACUCUCGUCAUGUCGUGUUGCCCCAGAACUCCACUGGGAUGUUUUGUGGAGCUGGAGUCAAUGUUGACAAACCAAACGUCCUCUACUUUGACCUUCUGAAGUGUGCCAGAGCAACGACAGAAAUGGACGCCAUUCUAGAGGGUCUCCAGUGUCCAACCACUCAAGUCUGUGUUAAAAAAUGCCCUUCAGAGUUCUGGAAGUUGCCCCCAGAGGCGUAUGCCCCAAAUGCCCUGCCUAAAGACUUCUUUCAGCAGCAGUAUUGUGACCCUAGACUUGACCUCGCCCAAACCACAUUGAGUGUCCAAGACAUCCUCAAUCAAGAGCUUUGUCCAUAUUUCUACACGCCAAGUAAACCAGAACUAGGGAGAUGUCUGCCUAGCUUUGACUGGCAGGACGUUCCUCCAGACUUCUCUCUCCCUGGAUUCGCUUCCGUUAAUGAAACAGUCGAGCACAUAAAGGGAUAUAUGGAUUAUAUGGUGUCCAUGCUGGUGUUGGCUCUCAUCGUAGGAGAGCUCCUAGUCAUAGCGUGUGGUAUCUACUACUGUUACUGGGAAUACGACCACUACAGACACUCCAAUGUCAAUCUCCGUGACAUUGUUUAUAAUUCGGAAUUCUCCUUCUACCUUCAAUUGAAAGAGACUUGGAUGUUCUUCUGCUACAUGAGGCCUUUUGUGCUCUGUGCUGUGUGUAAGGUGGUGAGUUGUGUGACGACCACGCUGGCUUACCCCUUGGUGACGUUCCUGCUGGUGGUGAUAUGCGUGUCCUACUGGGGAAUCACUAGCCUGUAUUUGGCCACAUCAGGUGCUCCUGUAUACCAUGUCGCUGCUCUCAACUCCUCCAUAGCCAACUGUAGUUCCAUCACAGGCUCUGAGAUCUGCAUUCCCCAGAAAUUUCAAGCUUCUCUCUAUCCUGAUUGUCCAUCCGUGCGCUGUGUGUUUUUUAAAUACGAUGACACGGGCUUCUUCUCGAGGAUCGUGCCCUACCUUCACAUCUAUAAUUUUCUGGCCUUCCUCUGGUGCAUGAACUUCAUCAUCGCCGUGGGCCAGUGUACACUAGCCGGUACCUUCGCAUCCGUCUACUGGGCCUUCAGUAAACCAGCAGACAUUCCCCCGUCCCCUGUCUUACAAGCCUUCGUCCGGACACUACGGUGUCAUGCAGGCUCUUUGGCGUUGGGUGCUGUCAUCCUUACCGUGUUCCAGGUCCCUCGGAUGGUUCUAGAAUAUCUUGUGCAUAGGUUCAGAGAUCACCGGAAUUCCUGUUCUCAGUUUGUGAUGAUGCCCCUUAAAUGCUGCUUUUGGUUCCUGGAUAAAUUCCUCAAGUUCUUCCACAGAAACACCUAUAUCAUGAUUGCUAUAUAUGGAGACAAUUUCAGUGUGUCUGCCAAGAAUGCUUACAUGCUCUUGAGGAGAAAUAUUAACCGGGUGGUGGUGUUGGACCGUGUUACAGACACGCUGCUGUUUUCCUGCAAGGUGCUAGUGGUCGGAUUUGUAGGUCUGCUGGCUUUCUUCUUCUUCCCUGGGAGAAUCAGGCUGCCAUAUGACAAUUUCCAGCUUCAGCUGCUGCAUUAUUACUGGUUGCCCGUUAUUGAACGUAUUACGGUGAUUGUGGGAGCUUAUUUCAUCGCGCAGGGCUUCUUUAGUGUGCACAGCAUGUGUGUGGACACCCUUUUGCUCUGCUUCUUGGAGGGUCUGGAGCGUAACGACGGCACCGUGCAGAGACCAUACCACAUGCCCAGGUCUCUGUGGCAAAUCCUCCACAAGAGAGACAGCUUUCUCCCUUAAUGAAUAAACCAUCCAGCAUAUAUUUGAGUCUUUUUUCUGUUGUUGUAACUGUAAAACUGUUCUCAACAGCAUUUCGACCACUGUUUUGUUCAAAAGAGAUCUGACGGGGCGGCCUCUGGACUGAUCCAGUUUUGACCGAACGGCAGACACACACUGGAUGUUCUGGCAAACAUUUACA